CUCAAACAAUUUGGCGGUUUAUAGGAAGUGGUCGAACAAAAGGUUACAGAGCCUUUACUUUUCGGACUCGUUUUACUAGCUACGAUAUUAAUGUCGAUAAGUGAUUAUCCUUAUAAAUCGCCGGUUUCUACUCGCAAUGUGUGUCAAAGAGUUUUGUCGAUGUUGUAUGUCAUAGCGAUCUAGGUAGCUGGCUAUCUUAUGUUAGCUUAACUUAGCUAACGCUAGCUAGCUAGCUAGCUAGGUGUUUGUUUACAUAUCCAUUUAUUUCGGAAAACAUGAUGUCUGAUCUUCAAGAAGUAAACGGAAAAUACUUAUGGUGGUAUCUUCAGAUCCUUGAGUUCCAUAUCGAUGGCACUCCUGGCACCGGGACAAAAACAACCACUAAGCAUCUCAGUGUUGGCCCGAACAUGUUUGAUAAGCCAAAUAAGGAGGCCUUCUACAUAGUCAUCCAUUUCUUAUUUAAAAAGUUGAACCCUUCACGCGUGCAGGAGGUCUUCAGACACUGCUGGCCUGUUUUGGAUCGCAAGGCAGAUGCUGAAUUUCGUAAGGCGGCUUUUGAAUGGCUUCAGGAAAUAGCGAAUGAGGAAAGGAGCACUUUCCCCAAGGUGGCUGCAUCACAUUUACUCUCUGCUUCUGGACCGAGAUUCAUCAGUCUAAUGCUUCAUUUAGCCAAACACGUCAUGGUCAAAUUGAUGAAGACUUUUACUUCAGAUGGCACAUGGGUUCCAGAGGCUGCAGCUGUUCCUGCAAGUUCUGUGGAAAUUGAAAUGACGCGCUUUCACAUGGUGAAGAGACACUUCCAAAGAGUGUCUGUGGAGCAGGACAGUCUUAUUCAAGACUAUCAAAAGAGAGCUAGAUGUUUGGAAAACUCUUUGAAAAAUCUUAAAGCUGAAGAUGUCAAAUAUGAUGAUUUGCUCAAAAAAUAUGAGAAUAAAAUGGACUUGGAAGGAGACCUUUUGGCAAAGAUUCAUAAGGUCCGGAGUUUAUGGGCUGAGAUUAACGAAGCCUUGUCCAGCCUGGAGGGGGAACGGAGUGUGUUGGAUAGUGUGCUGGAGGGCAGGGUGGAACAGUACGUACUAGACGGGAAGGACAUCAGUGUGAAUAUACCUACGAUUCUACUGGAGAGACUAGAAAGGCUGUCGCAACAGACGAGCAUCGGGAGGCUGUAUGAGGGAGGCCAGCCCAUCCUCCUGCCCUUGCUAGAGCUUCUGAACGUGGGAUUGAGUGUCCUCUGUGAUGAGCGAGCCAAGGUUUCGGGCCCUGCUUCACAGCUCCACCACCAGACUCUCCAGGGACAAGCUGUGCUCAUGAACCGCUCGAAGGAGUCACUGAAAAACACAGGACGUAAACUGGUCAAGAAGGAUAUACCACACGUUAAGAGCUCCAUUAAGAGCCUGGAGGAGGACUGGGUGCGGAAAUGGUCUGAGUGUUUGAGUCACACUCCCUUGAUCUCCUUCCUUAAUGAGGAUCCUGUUUUGGACUUCCUUUCGCCGAUGGCUCCUUUAUCUUUUGAACCAGCCUCUGAAGCUAGCUUUCAGGCUAGUAUCUUCUCACGGUACCCUGCCAAGCUGCCUGAGCUGAGGGAACAGACCCAUAAAGAAAAACCUUGCUUGAUACAGAAAGAAGUUGAGACGGAUCCUGAGUUCUCAAGUUCUCUUCCAGCUGAGUACAAGCCUAAAGAUGUGCUUUUUACUGGCUGUGUUGCCUCACCAAGGCCUGUGACUCCUCCUGGGGUGCAUCCUGAAACCCCAGCAGUUGCUCCUACCCCUGGCCUUGUUCAGUCUAGCCGGAGAAGACCCUGCCCUCCGCAAACCAAGACAUCUACUGUGAUGCCAAAGGCUCAGAUUCUGGAAUUGGAGUAUGACAAUCUAGCAAGUCAGUUUGCUGAAGCGGUCACCAUGAGUCCGGAGGACGGUAGGAAGAGUGGCAUGGAGCUGGAGCAGUUAAUAAAUAUGUUGUCGGACCCCUUCACAACCAAGAAGCAACUGCCUCGCACACCGGAGAGCUUGAUUAUGGAUGUCAGAACAUCAUGGAGAAAAGCUGUGGAGGAAGGGAAGGCUGAGAAGCAUGAGAUGUUUCAUGAUGGCCUCUCGUGUCUCAUAAAGCCCACAACUGAGGCCAAUGAAAGAAACCCUAGCCCUGAACUGUUUUCCCUUGGUGGUUCUAUAAGUGCUGACCAUCUACCCUGUAGUUCCCCUCUGUCCCAGCAGGGGGCUUCCCCACACUCUACUGUCAUCUGGGACUCCUCACAGCUGGAGGCUUUCAGUCCAAGUUCAAGCAGUAUCAUUCACUUCAGCAUUGCCAAUGAGAAUUUCCCAGCCAUGGAGAAUGAUGGCUCCUGCAUCUGUGGCGAUGGCCCACAGGGGGACCAGGAUGAGAUGGAGGAAGAAUUUCUUCCUUCAGUUGUCUCCCAUUCUCCUGAAAGAGUGACUACCCACCACAUGGCUCAAUUUCAAUUGGCUGACUUCUUGCCAUCAGCAAAGAGAAUGAGCCCAGGGUAUAGCAGCUGUGCUGGUGAGAAGGUUUUUUCUCUGGACUUGGACCAGGUGGAGAGCUUCUCGUCACCUCAACGAGAGCUCACUCUGCCCAAUCUAAUGACAUUCUCACCCAUGGAUGAACUCUAGCUAAUUUUGUAAUGAGAUGCAUGACCCGUUCUGGUGCUAAAUGCAGUUUCUUAUUCUUUGUACCUGUGUUUGAGCUCUGGUUGAGGGGACAUGGGAGUAUAGGACAGAGAGAAAGCAACCAUCCCAUUCUUUUGUGCUUCACUUCAGUCAUGAUAACCAUGUGUCCAUUUUAACACCUACCUACCUGACCCUUAUCUUUAAAUGGUCAACAAUACUAUGAUUUCGUACUAACUUCUAUUUUGCUACAGAAAUGAAAUGACCUCAGACUGUAUAGAACCGAGUAAAAAAAAACUGGCCAACCAACGUAGCGAACUCAAACUUUUAAUUUGAGCAGCUUCUCAAUUGUAAUAAAGUAAUUUUUUGCACCUUCA